CGGUCACUCUAAUAACCUAGCGCGGUCACACUGCUUAAGAAUCUUCUGGAUUUGGCAAAAAAUAACAAAAUUUGUUAAACAAAUACAAACCAAGCUAAAAUGCUGCAAUGCUACAACAGAGGCUGUGGCCAGCUUUUCGAUGAAGCUGCCAAUAAUGAUGAAUCUUGCCGGCACCAUCCCGGAGAGCCGUUCUUUCAUGAUGCCUACAAGGGCUGGUCGUGCUGCCACAAAAAAUCGGUGGACUUCACCGAGUUCCUGAACAUCAAGGGCUGCACACUGGCGAAACAUUCGAAUGUAAAGCCCCCAGAGCCGGAGAAACCAACCAAAGACGACAGCAAUGAGGCCAAGGACGAGGUCAUCGUAGUGCGCGCGCCCAUACGAGAAGCUAUGCGCAGGCCACCUUUAGAAACACCAUUCAGGGUCCUUCAGCCAACAGUUGCCGCUGCCCUGAAAGAGACUAUAGAUACCCUGAAGGUGAGCAGUGCUGCUCCGGCAGCAACGCCAUUCGGAGAGGCAAGCGAUGCCAUCGCUGUGGGCACAAGUUGCAAAAACAAUGGAUGCUCCCAUUCAUUCACUGGCACGGACAGCGAUAACGGCCAGUGUGCCUAUCAUCCUGGUGUCCCCAUCUUCCACGAGGGUAUGAAAUUCUGGUCAUGCUGCCAAAAGCGUACUUCAGAUUUUGCCCAAUUCAUGGCGCAGAGGGGCUGUGUGAACGGCCAGCACAAGUGGGUCAAAGAGACAAGAAAGGUGGUGCAGUGCCGAUAUGAUUGGCAUCAGACGGCCACAAAUGUGGUGGUGGCCAUUUACGCGAAGAAGUAUCACUAUGCCCAGAGUGUGAUAGAAGUAAACCCUAUCCGGCUGCAUGUGAAACUCGUUUUCCCAGAGCAGGAAAACGCCACUUUUGACAUUGAUCUGGAGCUGGGAGGCAUUGUCAAUGUGGACAAGGCGAGUGCAUACAUGUACGGCACCAAGGUUGAGAUCACAUUGCCCAAGCUGGAGGCAGGGUCUUGGUCAAAAUUGAAUUUCAAACGUGCCACAAUGCCAGCGGCCAAGAAAACCAUUGCCGCCGAAGUGCCAAAAAACGAUGAGAGCGAUGAAGAGUUCUUCGACCUAGACGACAUCGAGCCCGUGUACACUCAUGGCCUGAAAUUGUCCGAUAUGAGUUUACAACAACCAAACAAUUUAGAUUAGCCAAAAAAGUACGCAUUUAAUGUUGCACAGAAUACACGAAUGGGCCUUCAAAAAACCAUU